AUGAUAAUCGACAGUCCCAAAACGACUAGCAAAACCACGCUGUUGAAGCUGAUGUUGUUGCGCGCAUGGAGAGAGCGGUGGUCGGACUGCCAAUGGGGGAUCAACGUGAAAACGGUGCUUACUAGAGGCGUGAGUGGCGAUGUCUACAAUUUGGCCGAUGCCAUCAUACAGCAAGCUGUGGUUGGAUCGGGAGCAAAUAUGCUGUUUCUUUCCUAUCUGAAGCACUCUCUGUGUGCACACCUGAUAUCGCAUGCCGCGGUGCUGAACCGUAUCGCAAAGUACGAGAACUUCGACAAACACCAUUGCCUGGUGGCGCUACUCGACUUCCUGCAGUCCAUAAUCGACGGUGUAACGUGCCGAGGCAAGCAGGAGGAAGCGUUACUGACCAAAGCGGUUGUCUCGCUGGUGCACUGGCUGAUACAGAUCUACGAGUGUGCGUUAAAAUCGUACGCCGAAAAGCGCUCAUUUUCCGUUGAAGAAGAAUCAGUUGUACAGAAGGUCGCUGUAGUGCUGGAGCGUAUUGUCGAGAGCCCGUUUCUUCUCGGCGUGAUAUCGAUCGGUAAAUAUGAGGCACCCGAGCUGUUUCUGGCAUUGCAGCAGUGUUUCAAUAGCAUCAACAACCUGACCAUCACAACGGGCUACGUGGCGCACGUGACCGGUAGUCAAAAGAAGGCAACUGUAACCGACUGUAUGCGCAAACUGGUUAUGAUCGAGUUAGACGCGUCCGAGAUGAAGCUGUUCGAUGGUGGCAAGGUGGAACCGAUCACCUUCAUUUUGCAGCCCCUCAUAGCGAUUGAAGUAUUGCUCAAUCCGAUAUGCGAUACCACCGUUUAUGUGUCGCAACUGAUCAACCUACGGCAGCUGAAGGGUUACACGAAUGCCCGGUUGUACUGUGAACUGGUGCGCGGUUGUUUCGUGUCCCUCAACAACGUCGAGGGAACUUCGAAGGAGUCGUUACUGUGCGCAUUCGCAUUCAUCAAGGUCCCGCACAUUAUGCGACAGAUUCACAGUCGCAUAGCCGGCAAGGAGCAGAAAGAGGAGAAUACCAAUCAAUCGUACAGUGUCGAUGUGGUAGAAGCGUUCGAAAUGCUACUCCAGGAUACGCCCGUUCUAGACUACAUGGACAUGAAGUGUGCCUGCAACGUGGUAGAAUGCCUGUUGAAGGAACUGGUAAAGCACAGCCUCGUGACGGAAAGUCAAGUGAAGCAGUUCGUUGCUCAGCGUGAACCGAUCACACUCGGAUUGCAGAAGCUGGAAACGAGCAACACACAAUUAGCGAUGAUGCUAAAGUUUGUGUUUCGUGUCGAGUCACCUCUGGGAGGUAUCCUGAAAGCGUUGGCUGCCGAUUUUAGUAAAGUGCAGGACGCUCUGCUGGCCAUGCUCUGCCAGGUGCUGACUGGUAACGGGCUUGAUCUAGUGCUGUCCGUUGCCUCGGUUGAAGGAAAGUUGAAGCUGCUCGUGUCGGGCCUGCUAAAGUGCAACGACUACGCAAAGCAAGCGACAACCGUCGAGCUCGGAAAGGCGGCCAGUACGCGGGCCGGUCUGUUUGAUGUCAGCUUCAUGAUGCUGGCGUAUGUGGCGCAAAGCCACGGAUCGGACGCGAUACUGGCCGAAGGCGGAAACACGUUCUUUGAAAAGUGGGUCCGCGAGUUUAUGGUCGAGCGCAAGAAAACCAAGUCACCGAUGACGAUGGUCAAGCAGGCGGACCCAAUGGUGCUGGAGGAGCUAAUUAUGGCACUGAACAACACCGACGCGGGGUUGAAGACUUCGAAUCUGCGCUGGGAGGACAUCUGCUACACGAUACCGGCCCUGCUGCAUCAGGUGCUGAUGGCGUGGGAAAAUGAAACCCUUUCUCCGGUGGAGAUAAAGAAAAUGCUCGACGGGCUGAAGGCGCACUUUUGCUCGUUUGCCGUCUGCUCCGCCUCGUGGCUUUGCGCGUACAUGCAGAUGGUACGCCAAGACGAGCAGUUGAAACCGAUGAACAUGGUACAGCAACUUUGCAGUGCCCUCAGCGGACCGCAGGCGGAAGAGUGGCUGCAGCAAGAGUACGCCAAGGAUCGCUUCACGCUGAUGGGACAAAUCAUCCGUAAGAUGCAACAGGAGUUCCAGCGAAUGCCUCAGAGCAAUCCGAAGCUUCGGGCCCUCUUCCCGGCACAGCAUAUGGUGGCUCACUUGCCGCUCGAAGAGCAGUUCGAGGAAGCGUGGAAAGCAAUCGCCGAACGCGGUUGGUUACCGAUCGAGACCACCUUCCUUCUCGAUACGCUUCUUCAACCGUGCGGUCCUGCCUGGCUGGUGGAGAAAAUGAUUGCGAAGCUGUUUCAGUGCAAGUACAUCCGCGAACUAAACAAAACAAUGGACCUGAUCUUUGCGAUUAUGCACCUCGACAUGGAGCGGUGCACGAUCGCGCUCCUAUCGCAGCUCGUUCCGAUGAUGCUACUCAACAAACAGCAAACAGCGGAGAUAGUUGAUCCGCAGUCGCGCAUACUGGCGAAACUUUGCGUCUACUGCAUCAUCGUGACGAUGGAGAGUUCCCUGACGGCGUCCAAAAAGCGUGUCCGUACCGGAGGGCCCGAGACCGAAGAAAUGGACACGUUCUGCUCGAGCGCCAAGCUACGGAAGAUCGAGCUCGAUGGGUUGGGCGUACCAUGUGGUGAUGCGGUCGCUGGAGAGUUUUCACUUGAAAGCCCCCUGGACAGCAACACCGGUCGGGAGACGGCAGCGGUCAGCCUUAAGGAGCCACUGCAGGGCUGCUUGCAGACACUGUUCCGCACGUUCACGCAGUACAUUACGACGAAUGAGCUGUCGCCGAAGGUGUACUUUGUGUUCCAGUUCCUAUCGUUGCUGGUGGAGAUUGGUCGCGAACGUAUCAUGUGUGUGCUGAAGCUGAUACCGAAUGGCUUAAUACAGAACCUGCUGAAAAUCAAUGCCACCGACGAGAUGACGGUUGGAUUGAUUUUGAGAUUAUACGAUCUGACGGCCAACAACGGGCGCCAGUUUGCGAUGUCCGACAUUUGCUUGCUGCGAAACAUUCAACUGCGCAAGGAUAGCAUUAAGUUGUAAUUCAUCGUUUCUAGCAAACUGUUCAAU